GCUAAUGGGCUCUCUUUGCUUUGUUUUAGCUCUCCGCAUUAGAGAGGCAGAUCUUUGAUUUCCUUGGCUUCCAGUGGGCACCUAUUCUUGGAAAUUUUCUACAUAUAAUAGUUGUCAUAUUGGGUUUGUUUGGAACCAUUCAGUACAGACCUCGAUAUAUCGUGGUGUAUACAGUAUGGACUGCCCUCUGGGUCACGUGGAAUGUGUUCAUUAUCUGCUUUUAUUUGGAAGUAGGUGGGCUCUCUAAGGAUACAGACCUAAUGACAUUCAACAUUUCUGUACAUCGGUCAUGGUGGCGGGAACAUGGGCCUGGUUGUGUCCGAAGAGUGCUGCCUCCAUCAGCCCACGGCAUGAUGGAUGAUUACACGUACGUCUCUGUCACAGGCUGCAUCGUCGACUUCCAGUACCUGGAGGUCAUCCACAGUGCCAUCCAAAUCCUACUUUCUUUGGUUGGUUUUGUGUAUGCCUGUUAUGUGAUCAGUAUUUUCAUGGAAGAAGAGGAUACCUUUGAUUUCAUAGGUGGACUUGAUGCACACUCCUACUACCAGGAUCAUGUUCAGUUAAAGCCUGUUAACCUGUCGAAAUAAGUAAUGGCAUCAACCCUGAAAUGCAAGUGCUGAACUUGACUUAGGAAGCUAAGCGUCACUGACAGCUCCUCUCUGCAUCAACAUGUCUCACUUUCUCCCAGAGGACGGACUGCGCCUCCCUGCUUUCCCACAGAUCACGGAGUUCUUCGGUCACAGCCUGUGUGUUAUUAGCAUUGUGCGCUAGAUGAGUUGUAGGUGCUCGGGUGGGUAUUUUUUAGUCAUUUUCUUCUUAUAUGAAUACUUGUAAGUUGUAAAAAAAAAUUGGUUUUAAAUUUUUUAACAGAAUUUAACAUGAGGCAUGCAGAAUGGGGGAAAAAAAAGCUGUGAAAACCUACAGACAAUUCCAUGAGAAACAUUGGUUUGUAUUAGUGAGGUGGUACGUCAGGACUGCUGAUGGCUGCACUUAUCCUAGACCUGAUGGAGUUUACACUAGCAAACAUUACUUGGAGUUACUAGACAGGAAGUUAGAUGCUGUGAUAAAUGGGUGCAAAUAGUGGGCCUGGCUUUCACACUGAGUAUGGAUCAUUUUUUUCAACACCACAAGUCAAAACAUGGAGCUCUCCUUUGUUUUCGACUUCCCAAAGCCCAGAAUAAUAUUAUGGCAAUCUAAAUUUUCAGAUUCUGGCGCGAUAUCUUGCUCUUCCUGUGUUCUGAAAAAAAUAUGUGUCGGGGGGUAUGAAAAAGUGAAAUUAAAGCAAAACACCUCUCCCCUUUGGAGGGAAUGUGAGUAUCUAUGAGGGCCAUAUUUUCUACUCUUUAUCCAAGUCCUGACACUGGUGUCAGACCUAAACCUACAGCUUGAGGGCAUGUGGCGCAAAAAUCACAACCAGAAAUAUUGCUCUGAAGAUAUUCAAAAGGAGCAUUAAAAUGGUGUGGAAUUGCCUUUAAGUACUUAUAUACUUAAAUAUAAGUAUAUAAUACUUACAUUUGUGCUGCAUUAACUUUUCUUUCUCCUAACCCACCCUGAUUAGUAUCUCCUACCCCACUGAGAAAUUCAUACCAGAAACAUAAUUUUCCAUGGGGAAGAUGUCUUGAAAACACACCACAAUUUUUUCUAAUCAUAUAUUUCAAUUACUAGUUCCCAUGUCAAAAUAAGUUUGGCUCACUUUGUAUGAAAACCAACAUGAGGCCUCCUAUAGACCCCAAAAUAUGGGGUACAUGUGUACUAUUUAUUCCAGCAGUUGUUAACUUGGCCCAUGCAUCUCUUACAAGUCAGUCUGUAAACCACCUAAAAUCAUAUGCAGAUGUUUUGUGUGUAGAGGUUCCUUUUUUCUUCUUCUUUGUGGAGUCCAUAUAUUUUAUGAGACUUCCUUAAGAAUCAGAUCUUAUACAUCAAAGUCCACCCUGGUUCCUACCACUUCAUAACAACCAUGGUGGGCUUUGUGGAAGCCUCUGGAUUGUGUCCCUUCAGUCAUCUGACACCUACUGAAUCCCAUCACUUUUCAUUCUCCUGAAUAAACUCAAAUUCAAAACGAAGAAGAGCUAGCAGGGACCUGAGAGAUGGUCAAAUCCAAGUCGUCAUUGUGCAGUUGAGGAAGCUGAAACCUAGAAGACUUUGGGGGCUUGCCCAGAGCUCUAAAUAUAUACAGAGGUGGCAGAGCUAUGGCCAAAGGAAGGAGAACUUGGAAGGCACAAGGUGAGGUUUGGGUCCCAGGUCCACCAUUGUGGCCUUGGAUAGUGUUGGACAUCUCGACCCUGCAGUUUUUCUCAUCUAUAAAGUGAAACUAUAAUGCCUACCUCCCAAGGGUGAGGUGAGAGUUCAAUGAAAAUAUAAAAAUACUCUGUAAACUGUGAAGCACUCCACAACUGAGAGGCAGUCGUUAUUGUAAUGUCAUAACAAUAAGUUGGGCUCUGUCUGGAUCUCUUAUUACGCCCCCAAGUGAAAAGCCCAUAGAAGCACCAAACUCCCCCACAUUUUCUAAAACGUAGCCUGAAAAAAUUGCCCAUGUUUAAGUGAUUAGUAAUAAUGCAGACUUCAAAUUGCAUGUAUUCAUUAAAAAAUAACUUUGAUAUUAAAAUUCCAAGACUAAUAUAUAUUAUUAUGGAGAAAGCUAAUAGAACAUCAAAAUCGUAGAAAAAUCAGUCAAAGGAAUAAAAUUAAUUUUUAAACAUCUUAAACUGUCAUUC